AUGCGCAAGUACUGCUUCAAUCCGACUAAGGAGGGGCCGUAUUUCAUAGGCGGCACGCUAGAGCAAAUAGGUCGUCCUUAUACGGACCAAGCCGUCGGCGGCUAUGCGUAUAUCCAGCAGGUAUUGCAGAAGAAAGCUAUUGACGGUGACGAAGUUGGCGAGGUGGGCGUACUAGACGUGCAGGAUAACAUGAUGUAUCUGGCGGAGUUUGCUAGUGGCACGGGCGACGGGCUGCUCGGCCUUGCGUUCAGAGAGAUCAACACCGUCAAACCGCAGCCGCGCGAUGCGGACGAGCCGGACAAGGGUGCCUCGUUCUACACCUUCGGAGCUAAGGUUAGUGGCAAACAGUUCGUUGUGCAGAAGGAAGAUCUGGGCUUUGCGGAGGCUAGGCCUAGGUAUCUCUAUGGCGGUAUACAGAGCCGAGGCUCUAUAGACCUGGACAUUCUAGGUGAUACCUUUUUGAAGGGAAUUUAUGCGGUGUGUGAUGUUGGAAACCUUCGCUUUAGAGCCGUGCAGCGGAAGGAGUUGCACCAGAACCUGUAUCCUCCUUAG